AGGGAAAAUAACAUGACUGUAGCUUCAGUUUCUACCUAGAUUUACCUGAAAAAAGUGUUUAGGAAAAGACAGUCAAGAGAUUAUAUAUGCGGCCAAUAGCUACAUUUUUAAGUCAGAGUCUGUUUCUCAAGCUUUACGAAAAGGAAUGACCCAAGCUAAACAGUGUAGAUGCAUUUUCCCCACCGCGGCUUUCCCAGGAGAGCCGGAGAUAGUCCGCCCGGUCCAUGAGCCCCACAGACGUCCAGGGCGCGGGUAUCGGGCGCGCCUGGGCGAUUGUGAACCGGGAGGAGGGCUCUCAUGCCCUCCUCCGGAGCUGGCCGGCGUGGGGCGCGGCGCCAGCACCAAGAAUAGCGGCUUCCAAAGGGAGUGUUGCCGGAGAACGGCCUCGUUUCCUGGUUACGUGCGUGCAAGCAGAAACCCAAACCCGGGCCCGCGACUCCCGCUGCUCCGGAGGGACUAGGGGCAGGGAACGCUGGCGGGAGACGUGUCAAACCCAGCCCGCCUCAUGGCCGCCGCCGAUUCCCCGACGCCCGGACGCCCGCCCUGUCCGCUCACCGCCCUUCACGGCGCACGCGUAUUGGGGCUCCGUGGGACCGCGUACGGCCCCGCCCCAAGCGGGCGGGCCUAGUGUCUCCCUAAUGGCCAAUAGGCUGGCGGGCCUGCCGCCCCUCCAGCCACGCGGGGGGGGUCGCGGUUGCACGUGUCCGCAGUGUUUGUGUACGUGCGGCCUCCCUGCGGUAGGGGGAAGGCUGGGCAGCCAAGGGUUAGGCUGCUGGGGCGCGGCCCGAGGUGGGGCGCGGCCGGGAGCGGGGUGUGGCGGUCUUGAUUCCGCUGUAGUUGUCUGCGCUGGGCACUCUCUCCUGCCGUCUUCCUCGAGUUCCCCACCUCUGCACUCCAGUGACGCCUGUCCUCCGCGUUAGCCAGGAAA